AUGGCUACCUCCUCAUCUAAAUACGAGAAUGAACUAAAAAGGCUCAAAGCCACGUCGCUGUCGGAGCAACUCGGGGAGGACUUUGGAGAAAUUAGUGUAGUUAGAGAAGUGGAUGAUGACGAGUUGGACAGGUUAAAGAAGCACCGGAGCGUUCGAGAUUUCAUCGUAGGAGAAAGCGACAUCUGCGAAGAGGACGAAGAUGACUUCAUUAUCGAACCAUCUUACGUCUUUCAGGAGGAGGAGGAGGAGGGACGAGGUGAAGGACGCCGCGACCCAGCGCGAGAAGAUUCAGGGCCCAGGAGCCGUCGCCAGAGAGACGAGAGGAAGCGGAAGAAGCCGCCGGUUUCAACAAGUCUCAGUUCCCAGAUUGGUUCGCAGGCGAAAAGACAUAAGAACACGAAUGUCUUGGACUUGUUGAAAAUGAACACGGCGGUGGCCAUUGACGAGAACGCUUUGACCGCGGCCGUCCAGCAAGCCUUAGUAUCGAACAACGAUUGGAAAUCUAAGUUCAAAGAACUCAAAAGUAAACAGAAGAAGAGCACCGACUUUAAGGGCGUUAUCAAUCCACUGAACGGCAUGUCUCUGGUCGCACCUUCUCAUGACGCAUCGCCUUCUAUCGACAUUCAGGAACAGCUUGGUCCAGAACAGGUUGCUCCGGAGCAGCUUGUUGCGGAACAGCGCCCUGGUUCAAAGCUAAUCGGCGACAAACCUUGGAGUGAAACAGAUGCGCCUACCAAACCUGUAGAUGGACCAACGGCAGACGAGUCUACUGACAUGGAUCGGGUAACUGUGGAUGGGGCUCCUGUGGGUGGGACUACUGGGGGUGCCGCUUCCGAGACGGACUCUUCCAGGUUCGAGGUGGGAGUCACGCAGGUCGUGGAGUCGCCACGGCCGGUUCUCAAUAAGGCAAGGCAAGGGGAGCCUGAUGCUGCUUUGUUAGGGAGUCUGUCCUCUGCUGAGCUGUCGUCGUUGAUGGUGCCGGAGGCAGAGGAGGCCCCGGCAGCCGCGCCAGGUGCAGCGACGUCGGAGGUGGUGGAGCGCGGCAGCGGAGCAUCUGUGGCGUCGUUCAUGCACUCGUCUUGCCCCCUAAAGUGUGUGCACGGGCGAGGUGCGGAAGCCGAACGUGUUGCGGAGCCUGGCGUCUUGCUAUAUUGGUACGACGUCCGGGAGUUGUCUUCACGGGGUACGGUGUGCCUGUACGGAAGGGUGCAGAGUCCCAGCAGCUUGAGCGCCACUGUUUCCGUACAUGUCUCCAAUGUGCGCAAAACCGUCUUUCUGCACCCGACAGGCCAGAAUGACCGGGCUCACCAAGAAGACCAGACUCAUAAGGAUGGGGAGGCUGGACGACAAGAGUACGGAGCUCGUCGGUUGGCGGAAGUCCAGGACCGAUUCGUGGCUUUGGUACAGGACUACGAGCUGUGGAAGUACGACGUGAAGGUGGUACCAGUGUGGAAGAAGUUGGUCCUGCACGAGCGGUCGGAUUUGCUCGACGAAAAUCUCUGGUUCGAGUUGAGUUUCAGCUUUGCCUUUCCGGGAAAACUGAAGGAAACGGACCUGGGACUAGGCGGAGCUGUGGACGUGGUCGUAGACCCCUCAGCGGCAGACAAGAACGCAGGCUACGAUGAGGCCGUUGUGGACAGCUUUCUAUUGAGCAACGCACUCGAGGGUCCUGGAUGGCUGUAUCUCACGAAUUUGGAUGAGUCCUGGAUGAGUACACCAAAGACUACCAUUUACCGUCCGAUUACUAACACUGGCGUCCCCAAUUUAAGUAUAGUUUGCUUGGCAGUACGCGUCAUAAAGAACCCCGGGACGGGCGAAGUCGCCCACGCCGUUGUCAGUGCCAUCAUGAACAACCGAUUAUUUGCACUCGGGCGCACUGACCAUAAUAUACAUCAGAACCACCAACGUUCGUACGCGGCCCUAUACAGCUCCGACCGCAAAAUUCUCUCUCUGUUCCGAAACAGGCUGUCUAAAACUACCGCGACUCUCAGGGAAUGGUUUGACAACAUUUGCAUGUGGGUCAAAGACCACAACCCGGAUAUCGUGGCCGGACACGGCCUUACAAUGAAUACUCUACCCAUACUGUACCAAGUUGCGCUGCAGACCAAAAGUUCCUACUGGAAUUGCCGGGACAGAAUACCCAUAAAUCAGUUGCAACGACCUUCUCAAGUAAGCAUACGUCGUUAG